AUGAAGUUCACCCUUCUCUCCACCGCCCUUACCGUCCUCAGUGGCACCGCCGUCGCCCUUCCCACCGCCAGCAGCAGUCCCUCCUCCUCCUCCGAGAAACUCGAAGACCGCUCCUACGUCAACGCCACCUCCUCCUCCUCCUGCCCUCACCACCCCUUGUCCCCCUCCUACUGCGCCGGCACCGCCCGAAACUGGACUCUCGCAACGACCUACAUCUGCGGCGACUCGCGCCUGGGGCCCGUCAUCCUCCCCCAGUUCUUUUUGCCAUUGGACCCGAUCCUGGACAUCUACGACCGCUUUGGCGGCUUGUGCCCGGGCCAGUUUCUCGAGAAGUGGUUCAACCGGACCGGUGGCGGGUGGUGGGAUUACCCUCCCCAGAAUGGUUUCAGCGUGGAUGAUGCAGGAGAAAUCAUCGCGGCCAACUUGACGCUGCAGACGGGGACCUUUUUGGACAGGUUCGGAAGCGAAUAUGGGGCCUUUUUGGCCCCCGCCGCGGCGCCGUAUUUGCAGAGGAGUUUGCCGCCUAGUAAUUUGAAUGGGGAUGCCAAGUUUCCAUACAACUACCACGUCUACAGCGUCAUCAAGCCCUUCAAGGUCCUUGCUGGACCCAUCGCCCCUUGGUUCGGCCAGCCUGGCCAGGGCGUGCAGUACCAGACUUAUGUGAACGUCGCGACGCUUAUUGCUGAUGGGUAUCUGAAGGCUGAGGAUCCCCAGGCUUUGGUUCCUAAGCCCUUCUAA